GUAGGAAGUGCCACUAGCUGGCAUGGGUGGCACUGUACAGGUGGCAGUGAGGGCGGCGGGCGGGUGCAGCGGUGCCACUCACCGACCCUCAGCCCACUCACCUAAAUCUUCCAUCCUCGUCUUAGUAGUCUUCCUUGAAUUUUGAAAGUUGGGCUGGCUGCCACCACAAGUGACAACACACACACACACACACGCCGCCCAGCUGAGCCAGCCAGCGUCCGCGGCAGAGCUCGCUCCCCUCGCUGCCCUCCGACAGUCACUGCCCUCACACGAAUAAAGCUGUAGGAGUCAAGAAACUGUGCAGGGUGCAGAGACCGCCGUGGAGUAUCCUAGUCAGGGUAUCUUGCUGCUGCCACAAGUAAAGGAGUGCCAAGAUGAGCACCGCUGCCGCUGAUGAGACAGUACGCAUCUUUGAGCUGCGAGAUGCUCGUUCUGUGCCUGAUCCAAUCUAUCCCUACUCAGACAGUCUCAGAGGCACACCUCUCAUCAUAGAUAAUGGGUCACAUCACUGCCGGGUAGGCUGGGCAACUGACAAGGAACCAAGGAUAAUCUUCCGCAACUGCUAUGCCAAACAUAGAAAGGACCGAGGAAAGAAGAUUGCAGCAGAAACUGAAAUACUGGUUGCCAAUGACAUAGUGAACAUAGAAGCAGUCAGAUUCCAGCUCAAGUCUCCACAUGAUGAGAAUGUUGUGACACACUUUGAAGCACAAGAGACAAUGUUUGAUUAUAUCUUCUCCCACCUUGGCAUCAACACACCACAAGUAGACCACCCGGUUAUUCUGACAGAGGCCUUUUGCAACCCCAACUACUCUCGGCAGUUGAUGUCAGAGCUGCUUUUUGAGUGUUAUGGGGUGCAAAGCGUGUCCUACUGUGUUGAUGGUCUACUUAGCUAUCAUCACAACAACCCUACAUCCCAGGAUGGCCUCUUGGUUAAUAUUGGCAACUGUACAACCCAUGUCAUCCCCAUCCUGAAUGGAUUUGCAGAUCCAGGCAGCUCCCGGAGGAUUAGAAUAGGUGGAUCCCACCUAAUAAGGUUCCUGUGGCGAUGGCUUCAGCUCAGGUUUCCCCAGCAUCUUAAUGCCAUCACCCUCUCCAGAGCCGAGGAGAUCCUGCACCACCACAUGUACAUAGCAGAGGACUACAUGGAGGAGGUACAAAGCUGGAGUGUGGUGGACCACUAUGAGCAGCAUGUUCGAAGGAUUCAGCUGCCCUUUGUAGCCGCACCAGUCAGCACUGUGUCUGUGGAGCAGCAGCGAGAAAGGCGCAAGGAGGCCGCACGGAGACUUGUUGAACUCAAUGCCAAAAAGAGGGAGGAGAAGCUGGUGGAGGAUGAAGCAGAGCUGACGCGACUGGUUGAACUAGAAGAGGCAAUGGAAGAGUUUACCCCCGACGAACCAGAAUAUCAACAUGCUUUAGAAGAGGCGCAGGUUACCUCCUUAGCAGAUCUUACCAAAAAGAUCUCACUACUACAGCACAAGAUAGUCAAAACUCGACAUAAGAUGAUGCAGGCUGCUACAGCUGCUCCAGAGGAAGAGGAGCCCAAACCUAAACGGAUGUGUGAAGAUGUGAGUCCCAAGAAGAAAGCUGACCUUGAGCAGUGGGUGGAAGACGUAAAGCAGCAGUGGCGCGACAUUCAAGCUCGACGUGCUGCUCGCCGCCACAAAAGGCAGGAAAUGGCCAAGCGCAGGACAGCCGCAUCUCAGGAGAGGAUGCGCAUCAUCUCACAGCUGGCAAGACGUGAGAAAAAGGAUGAUAACUUUGGCAUGCGAGAUGAAGACUGGGAUGUUUACAAGGCAAUUAACAAGGAAGGUGGGGGUUCAGACAGUGAAGAAGAAAAUGAAAAGCUGCAGGAACUGGAGUCGGCCCUCAGACAACACAGUCCCGAGUUUCUGGGAGAUAGCACUGCCAGCAAGCCUACCUCCCUAGCAGAAAAUUACCAGAUAGAGCUGUCUACUGAGCAGAUCAGAAUUGGAGAGCUGCUGUUCCAGCCUUACAUGUAUGGACUGGAGCAGGGUGGGAUCACUGCCACAAUGCAGUAUGUGUUGAGCCUGUUUGAUCCACCAACACAGGAUCGUCUGGUAGCUAAUGUGUUCCUCACAGGGGGCUUAUCCUCUCUUCCUGGUCUCAAGUCCAGGAUUGAACGUGAGCUUCUGGCUACUAGACCUUUCCAGUCUUAUUUUUCAGUCAAUAUUGCCAAGGAUCCAGUGUUGGACCCUUGGUAUGGGGUACAAGGUUGUGUAGCAGAGCUUCUGGAGCAGGGACUAACCAGAGCAGACUAUAUGGAGCACGGAGGAGACCGUAUAAAGCAUCAUAAAUAUGGUAACCAGUUUUGGGCUCCAUUAACACCUGUUGCUCCUGAGUCAGCUCCAGAGUCUACUGUACCCAGCAAAGAGACAACUCCUGCCCCUGAGGCAGUUCUUCUCACUGGUGACCUAACUCAGGAAUUUUCAGGAGACUGUACAUCAAACUGAGAAUAAAUAUGACUCCACACCAUUCCACAUCUAGGCAAUGUUCUGGCUUCGCAAGAGACCUUCUAUCUCGGCAUCAGGCACCUUGUGGACAGUUAACAGAUGGACCUUCAUGUGAUAGUGCCGAGACAACACCUUCUUGCACACUGGGCAUUUUGUUCUCAGUUGAUGAACCUGUACAGGAAAAAAAAAAAUUUUACAGA